AUGUCAUUCAGAACGCACCUCACGAUUCUUCAAUGGAGUGCAUCGCUCUAUUCAGAGGCUACGGUAUUCGAGAUCCCGGACUUCACCCAUACAAACGGGACCGGACGGCGCUGGAACAAGAUAUCGUACAGACAAUUCCUGACCGACGUGGAACUGAGUGCUCGCUACUGGGGGAAUGUUCUGCAAAGCCGCGGCGUACACCAACGCUCUGUCGUCGGACUCUGGCUAGGCGGUAUGACAUACAUGGAUGUUCUCCAUAUUUUCGGAGUUGCGAGGGCAAACUACAUCCCGCAGCUGUUCUCGUUGCGCCUUCCCAAUCCGGACGUCAUUUAUGAGCUCAUGCAGCGAGCAGACGCGAAAGCGCUCAUUUUCGACCCGUCAUUUGAGUCCGUAGUGACGAGCUGCCCUACGCCAUCGCAGGCCGCUAUCGACCUGCACCGUCUACCGGCAUUGUCUGGCCCAUUGCCUGCACUUAGCAGGCCAUCGAGCGGAGAGGACACCGCCAUGAUCUUCCAUACUUCAGGAUCCACGUCGGGGUCUCCCAAGCUCGUGCGGUGUUCCUAUAAAUGGCUUGAUGCCAUUAUUGCGAAGGCCGGCCAUAUCAGCGAGCCUUGCCGUUCCGACCGCCAGGAUGUGAUAACGUGGAUGGGUAGCAUGUGUCAUAUCGGACAGACACUCACCUUGAUCGGUGGUCUUCAGCACGGCACCUGUGUCGUCCAACCUACAACAAUCGCAUUCUCCUCCGACGAACUCCUUGACAUCAUCCGACAGUGCGGCCUCAACCGCCUCACACAGUUUGCGACAUUCCUCGCAACACAUCUUCGUAACUCGCAGGAGGAUUCGCGCCUUCUCGCAUCCCUGCAGCGCCUCGACGAGGUCCUCUACGCAGGUCUUCCCCUGCCUCAGGGAGAGGAGAUCUGGGCUCGCCAGAAUGGGCUGCUGCUCAGAAACCUCUUCGGGAACACGGAAUGUGGGGCCAUGCUGCGCUCCAUCGGUGGACGCGGUAGCGACUCCCAUUUCCUCCGGCCCAUCGAAGGGACGCAGUAUCGCUUUGAUCUCGUGACCCCGGCUGCUGAACGCGUAGACGACACUUAUCGCAAUUCCAACGCUCAGCUUCUUGAGCUUGUGAUACUUUCGGAUUCGGGAGACUGCCCAGAUCCCUCUCUCCGCCAGGCUGAUGGGCACUUCCACACGGGUGACCUAUUCAUAGAGGCCGCGCCUGGAUGUUACCUAUUCCGCGGCCGGGAUGAUGACUGGAUCAAGAGCGAGAAUUCGCUUCGAUGUGAUACGAAGGCGAUCGAGGACAAUGUACGCUCCUCAUGUGGGGAUCUAGUCUCCGAAUGUGUCGUUGUAGGCAAUGGGCGACCUUCACCUGCACUCUUCGUCGAACCCAAAGGGCUGGUCGAUGGGGAGAAGCUGAAGAAAGACAUCAUUCGGCGCACGCGGCACUUUCACUCUAGACGAUACAUCCACGAACGGAUCGUCUCCACGCACUUCAUUGUAGUCGUCUCCAAGGGAAGUUUGCCGAGGACUGCAACCAAAGGAAACAUCAGGAGACGUGCGGUCGAGGAGACCUUCAAGGUUCAAUUGGAUCGCAUAUACAAGUCCCAAUAGACGCUGUCGUAGGAUACGUCGCUGUUCUUGGUUACUUUUGGCUCAUUAAUACUCACUUGCCUCACACUAAUGCGGCAAAUCGCGCCAUCGCAUGGACCUGACAUUUUCCGC